CGUUUCCCAUUGACUUUGCUUGCUAGCAACUGGCUGGGAAGAUUGUAAACGGAAGUCAUGUGACCGCAACAACACCGCAAACAUUGUAAAUACAUGCCGGAUGCUGAGCAAACAAAUUGUGAUCACGUAACCUUGGGAUUGCUAUGUUGGUUGUAAGUGUCGGGACUGAUUGUAAGUCACAUUUUUUGGUGCUUUGUAACUGAAUGGUCACUAAAUGAAGGGUUGUACAUCAAGAACUAUCUCUAUUUACAUCUGACAAGCCCAGAUUGAGGGAAACUGGUAAGUAGGAGAUAUCACAUGAAUACAUUUCUGCAGAAAUGCACCGGUAAUCAAGAAUUAACUUUCUGUAGUAAUUUUACACCACUUUCCUUCAAAUUUCUUUUUCUGCUAGUUUCUCACCGACGCUGGGGACUGCUGGCCUUUGCUGUAGGUUUGGGCCUGGGAUUGCUGGCUUUGGCAAUCUUCCUGAUUCACUGGAAGAUGCACAGACUCCAUAGAGACGCAUCUUGCCGGCACCAUUCUUGUCCCAUCCUGCUGAUCUACUCUCCUGAUUCAGAGGAGCACAAACAGUUGGUCUGCUCCUUUGCCGCCUUGUUGCGGUCAGCGCUGGGCUGCCCUGUGCUAUUGGACCUCUGGGAGCUGGGCCACGUGGGACGACUGGGCAUCUUGCCCUGGAUGUAUGCCCAACGGGAACUUGUGGGUCGCAAGCAGGGCCAGGUGCUACUGCUGUGGAGCGCAGGCAGUGCCAACGCUUAUGGACUCUGGCAAGGAGAGGCCAGUAGCCCUGGUACGAAAGCCCCGGAGCCCUAUGACCUCUUUGGGGCAGCCAUGGCCUGUUUACAAGGUGAACUUCAAGGUACGGUCCAGCGAUGUGACUGGGUAAUCGCCUAUUUCAGUAAACUGUGCGACCGGCGGGAUAUUCCCUGUGCUCUGCGCUUUCUUCCCCGUUACCGCCUGCCUCAGGACCUGCCGGACCUUUUUGGGGUCCUUCAGGGCAACUCCAGCUCAGGACCCAGCUGGCUCCAUGCUAGUGCCAAAGCCCUUGUGUGCCACCUGCUCAAAGGCAAGAAGAAGAGGAAUUCACGGAAACUGCGGAAUCAACCAUGGAGCAAGAACAUCAGGAGACUGGAGGAAUCCCUGUUCCCCCUUGCUCAACCCAAGACACACAGGCCAAGCUGCACUUGAGGGCUGUGGACUAAAGGUGUAUUGCAAAAUGGGAUUGGUCCCACUGGUUAUCCGUAGGCGGAAGGCAGCCAUUGGGCCUCAGAAGGAUUGGCCUUCUUUAUGGUGCCUAAGAAAUGGCGUCUGUAAUCAUCUUGGCCGGUAAAUCCAAUGCCACAAAAACAAAGGAAGGGGUCCAGCUCAGCUAAACGUAAAGCAGAGAGAUUCCUCUGGGUCUGCCAGAGAGUCCACCCACCCCCUCCAUCACCUGCGGGUUCAUGGCAUCUGUUGCCAUAGAGAUGACAGGGUACCGCGAAGAAGGGGUCAUGGCCUUGUUGCUGAAAGCGGGAUGGUGCAAUAUGAAGGUUGUGGGCAGUCGUGUGAGGGAUUCACAGGGGCUGCUGCUUCCUUGCAAAUUCUUCCCAGAGGAUAGUAAGCUUGCCAAAAGGUGGCCAGGUUAGGCCCAGGGAAGAGGAUCUUGUUGCAAGCUAGAUGGACUAAACGAAGAGGCUGAAUUCUUGCUUUGUUCACCGUCCAUCACUCCAGGACUCUAAACCCACAGAAGGUGGAGAACAUCUCUGACGGCUUUCAGAGUGUUCGUUUUAUUUGUUUCUUUUCAAAACAUGGGUCCUUAACAUUUCUAUUUGUGGAGGCACAAAGACCAGCACAAAGAAACCUGCAGAUAACAUAGCAUAACAUAAGAGUUGGAAGGGACCUUGGAGGUCAUCUCGUCUGACCCCCUCCUGCUCGAGCAGGAGAGACUAUUCCAAAUAUUAGCCCCUACCUAGGAUCGAACUCACAGCCUCCUGAUUGUGUGGUGAGAGUCGACCUCUAUGCCAGUGAUCUCCUAGAUAGUACACUAAGGGUCGUUCCCCACUGUUGAGUGGAGGUUCUCUUCAUCUACCUAUGAGCUGGCCAAAACCGAUGCCAGCAGGGAGUCGGCUGUUCCUGUUACCAGUCCAGAGAUCAGUUGGUUCGGACCGGUUCUGGCGUUCCGGUAGCGGAAAUUUUGAGUAGUUCGGAGAACCGAAGCAUGCUCUCAUCGAGUAGGUAGGGAAAAAUUUGGAAUCUCGCCACUGUACUUAAUCCCUACCCCGAUUCUGUCACCCGUCAAUGCGGUCUCAUGACUCCCUUCAAGGAAAUGGGGUGACCAAGGCCCAACGGAUUUUAUGCACUUUAGAACUGCUCUGGAGGGGGCUGGGUGUCAGAAUAUGUGAAAACACUAUUUGAACCCCAGUAAAGCUGAAGAAGAAUCUUCUAGUUAGAGAAGAUCAGCCUUUUGGCUCAUAAGCGGAGGACAAGAUGAUUGGGAGCAUCAAGGGGAUUAUCACAGAACAAAAGCUAUUCUCAGAGUGCGUUGUUGCUGUGUUACAAGUGGGAAAAGGACUCACAAAGUCAUACAAUCAGGUGAAUUUAAAUGUAAUCCGCUACCCGCUUGCCUCGCUUUUGACCACUCCAUUUCCAAACCAGCAAAAACAAGCAUGUUGCUAAGAGAGUUGUAAGAGAUCAUUAUUUUGUUUUGUAUGUUUAAUCUGCUGAGGUUUUUGUUGUUGUUGUUGUUGCUCAGGUCCUACGUCUGUUCUUGGUGCUGCUAUCUUGGAAUACAAUAAUAAAGAUGGCUUUUAAAGGAAAUUCAAAAAUGCAAAGGGCAAUUUUUCUGCUCUAGGUAACCUACAACAUUGUACUGAUGGUCUCCUAAAAAGUAGAAACCUUGAUAAAGUAAAUGCUUUUAAAAGUAUAUCUGUGCCUCCUGACUUUGAAAGUAAGCUUGCCAAUCUUUUCGAUGAAUAACCCCCCUGGUGGAAGGGCUGUCUGUGUCAUUCCAUAAUGCAACUUAUGGCCUUUCAGAUACGUCGUUUUUACAGCUUCCAGACCUGACCGUGUUGGUUUAGAAUUAUGAUUAGAUCCAAUGUAUCUGGAAGACAACAGAUUGGGGGGAAACCGUCCUAAUAGC